UCCACAGUGGCAAAAAUGAGGGGGAGUUUGGUGGGGUUGUGUGUCCUUGCUUUGACUAUAGCCCAUGUCACUGAGAUCCAAGCCAGAUGGGUCCGCAACCAUGUGAGCAGCAUCUGUAGCACAUGGGGCAGGGAACACUUCAAGACGUUCGAUGGUGAUGUGUACCAGUUUCCUGGCAUGUGUGAAUACAACCUGGUCUCUGACUGCCAUGACACCUUCCCGGAGUUCUCUGUGCACAUGAAGAGGAAGGAAAACGAUGGAAACCCAACAGUCAGUUAUGUGGUGGUCACCAUCAGCGAUUUUGCAUUUCACCUCAGCAAGGAUGUGGUCACUGUAAACGACCUGCCUGUCAAACUUCCACACUACCAGGCCGGAGUACAAAUGGAAAGAAAUGCAGUCUACAUCAAGCUCCAGUCCAAAGUUGGCAUCAUUGUCAUGUGGAACCUUGAUGAUGCAGUCAUGGUGGAAAUUGAUAAUGAUUACACUAACCGCACUUGUGGACUUUGUGGAGAUUUUAACGGUGUUCCAGUCUACAAUGAGUUCAUCCUUGAUGGUCGCAAAAUCAGCCCCAUUGAGUUUGGCAACAUACAUAAAGUCCAUCGUCCAAAUGAUGAUUGUGAGGACCCAUAUGAAGAGGAAGAUGUGUCACAGGAAGCUAUGAAUGUGCCAGAGUCAUGCAAAGAGUUUCAAAACACCUGUGAAGAGAUGCUGCAUGCAGAAACCUGGAGCUCCUGCACCAAACUGAUUGACCCUGAGCCUUACAUUCAGGCCUGUGUGCAGGACAUGUGUGGCUGUACCAACCAUUCGAAUGACUUUUGUGUCUGCAGCACACUCUCUGAGUUCUCUCGACAGUGUUCCCAUGCAGGAGGGGAGCCUCCCAACUGGAGGACUUCUGAGUUCUGUGCCAAACAGUGCCCAUUCAACAUGGUUUAUGAAGAGAGUGGAUCCCCUUGUGUGGAUACCUGCACACAUCAAAACACAAGCUCAUUCUGUGAGGACCACAAAAUGGACGGCUGCUUCUGUCCUCCUGGAACCGUGUUCGAUGACAUUUCCAUGAGGGGGUGUAUUGCUCAGUCUGAAUGCCAGUGCAAGCAUGAAAAAAUCUAUGAAUCUGGUGAAGUUUACAGACAGGAGCGAGAGGAAUGCACAUGUUUUGAGGGUAGAUGGGCUUGUGAAAGUCUUUCAACACCUUCUACAUGUGCGGUUGAAGAAGGUUCACAUGUAACCACCUUUGAUGGGAAAGACUUCACCUUCCACGGAGACUGCUACUACACCCUGGCCAAGGUGAAAAGAAAGGAUGAUGCAAGCCCUAAGUUUACCAUCCUGGUCCAACUGGUACCAUGUGCACACCAAGAGUAUGACACCUGUCUGAAGACCCUCAAAAUCCUGCUGAACAAUGACAGAAACAAUGUGUUAACAUUCACUGCUGAUGGCACAGUAAAGCAGAAUAUGCAGAGUAUCAGUUUGCCGUACUUCUCAGGGGAUAUCAGUGUAUUCCAUGCUUCGUCCUUUCACAUCAUCCUCCAGACCAGUUUUGGUUUGCAAAUUCAGAUCCAACAUGUGCCCCUCAUGCAAGUCUAUGUCAGCCUGGAGCAGAGCUACAGAGAAAAGACACGUGGUUUAUGUGGGAACUACAACAUGGUCCUGUCUGAUGACAUGAACACUCGUCAGGGAAUUGUGGAGGGAAGUGCAGCAGCGUUUAGUAACUCCUGGAAGGCUAGCCAUGUAUGCCAAGACAGAGAAGAAAGACUCGAUGACCCUUGUUCUUUCAGCGUGGAAAAUGAAAAGUAUGCCAAUCACUGGUGCGCCUUGCUACGACAGCCAAAUAGUACCUUUGCAGAGUGCCAUUCUGUGGUGGAUCCUGAGAUUUACUACAAGCGAUGUAUUUAUGCUAGCUGUAACUGUGAGAAGAGUGAGGACUGCCUGUGUGCUGUUUUCUCCUCCUAUGCCAGAGCUUGUGCAUCAAAGGGAGUGUUCUUGACAGACUGGAGAGAGAAUGUGUGCGACAAAUACACCAAGAACUGCCCAGAAUCUCAGACCUUCUCUUACAAAAAUCAAAGAUGCCAGCUGACUUGCAGAUCUUUGAGCUUAAAGCAGCAGAGCUGCACCUCUGAUUUCUUACCUGUGGAUGGCUGUUCCUGUGCUGAGGAUCACUACCUAGAUGACAAUGGCAUCUGUGUCCCAGUGGCAAAGUGUCCCUGUUACCAUAAUGAAGUCUACGUUAAGUCAGGCAAGUCCAUCAGCAUCAACAACGAGCACUGCGUAUGCACUAACGGAGUUCUUCAUUGCCAUUCUGGGAGAACCCGCAUGUCAAUUUCUACAGCUUGCCCUUCUCCUAAAGAAUACUUCAACUGCUCCACUGCAAGCACAGGAGUUGUUGGAGUGCAGUGUGUUCGAACUUGUUUAAAUCUGGAAAAUGAUGAUUGUGAUGCCACCGAAUGUGAAUCUGGUUGUCGGUGUCCCAGUGGCCUCCUUGAUGAUGGUAAAGGUUUCUGUGUGAAAGAAAGUGACUGUCCAUGCAAACAUGAAGGCCAUCUCUAUGCCUCUGGAACACGAAUACCAAACCAGUGCAACACCUGUACCUGCCAAAGUGGAAAAUGGACAUGCACAGAGAAAAAAUGUCCAGGAACUUGCAUUAUUUAUGGAAGUGGUCACUACACUACAUUUGAUCAGAAAAAAUAUGCAUUUCAAGGACAGUGUGGCUAUAUUGCUGUAAAGAACAACUGUGGCAAUAAAACAGUGCAUGACAGCUUUGGAGUUAUCAUUGAAAAUGUACCUUGUGGCUCUACGGGCACUACCUGCUCUAAAAAAGUCAGAAUUCAACUGGGGAGAAUAGAAAUCAAACUAUCAAGGGGAAGAUUUGAAGAGGAUGAUCUGGGACAUGGGCCUCUGAUCAAGUACAGAAUAAGGAAGGUUGGCUUGUAUGUGGUUGUAGAAUCUGUCAUUGGUGUGGCAGUGAUGUGGGAUCGCAAAACAGCUGUUCGGAUUCUGCUGGAACCAACACACUUUGGAGAGGUGUGUGGCCUGUGUGGAAAUUUUGAUGGUGAUGGACAGAAUGACUACACCACCCAGGGUCAGCUGGUGGUGAGCAAUCUACUCGAAUUUGCAAACAGCUGGAAAGUUUCUAGCUCCUGUCCAGAUGCGGAGGAGAACAUUGAUCCUUGUGCAGUAACCCCCAGUCGACAUAAGUGGGCAAAAAUGAUGUGUAGCAUCAUAAUUGGAGAAACAUUUAAAGAAUGCCACAGAAAGGUUAGCCCCAUUCCAUUUUAUGAAAACUGUGUGAAAGACUCAUGUGCCUGCGACACUGGGGGAGACUGUGAAUGUUUAUGCACAGCAGUUGCAGUUUAUGCUCAGGCUUGCAAUGAGCAUGAUGUUUGCAUUGCAUGGAGAACUCCAGAGAUCUGUCCUGUCUAUUGUGAUUACUACAACAGCCCAACGGAAUGCAUAUGGCACUAUUACCCUUGCCACCGUCCAUGCUACAAGACCUGCUUGAAUCCAGAAGGCGUAUGUUUCAAUCCGAUACCAACCCUGGAAGGCUGUUACCCUGUAUGCCCAGAAGAUAAGCCCAUAUUUGAUGAGGAAAACCAAACAUGUGUGGAUGUAUGUCCAGAGCCAAAUACAACCACUCCUCCCACUACCACAACUACAAUGACACAGCCAACUUCCACAACUACACCUCCUACUACAACAACUACAACUCCUACAACUACCACCACAACUACGAUAAGUACAACCACAAUGUCAUUGACUUCUUGCAUUCCAGAAUUCAAAUGUGAGUGGUCAGACUGGUAUGAUGUGCAUGAUCCUACGGACAAAAGUGACUGGGAAACAUACAAAAACAUCACAGAUACUGGUCUUCAAAUAUGUAACAAUAUUGAAGGUAUUGACUGUAGAGCAGUAAAUUAUCCUGACAAAACAUUUAAUGACUUUGUGGCUGAAACUGGCCAAGUUGUUACUUGUCAAAAGGACAUUGGUUUAAUAUGUAAAGUAGAGGACCAGAUCAGACCACCAAAAAAGUGUUUUGACUACAAGAUCAAAUUAAAAUGUUGUGAUGUGAUAUGUUCAACCACAACCACGUCUCCUACUACAACUACCACUACAUCUCCAACUACCACUACUACUCCAACUACAUCUACCACCACAUCGGCCAACUAUCACCACAUCCCCAACUACAACUACCACUAUGACUCCAAUGACUUCUACCACUACAUUUACAACUACAACUACCACCACAUCUCCAACUACCACCACAUCCCCAACUACCACUACGACUCCAACUACCACCACAUAUCCAACCACAACUACCACCAUUACCACCACAUAUCCAACCACAACUACGACCACAUCUCCAACUACUACUACAGAGCCAACUACAACCACAUCCCCAACUACCACCACAUCCCAACUACCACCACAUAUCCAACUACCACCACAUCUCCAACUACUACUACAGAGCCAACUACCACCACAUCUCCAACCACAACUACUACUACAGGGCCAACUACCACCACAUCCCCAACCACAACUACCACUACGACUCCAACCACUUCUACCACUACAUUUACAACGACCACCACAUCCCCAACUACCACUAUGACUCCAACUACCACCACAUAUCCAACCACAACUACCACCACAUCUCCAACUACUACUACAGAGCCAACUACGACCACAUCUCCAACCACAACUACCACCACAUCUCCAACUACUAUUACAGGGCCAACUACCACCAAAUCCCCAACUACAACUACCACUACGACUCCAACUACUUCUACCACUACAUUUACAACUACUACUACAGAGCCAACUACCACCACAUCUCCAACUACCACCACAUAUCAAACUACUACUACUGAGCCAACUACUACCACGACUCCAACUACCACCACAUCUCCAACUACAACUACAACUACCACUACGACUCCAACUACCACCACAUAUCCAACUACUACUACUGAGCCAACUACCACCACAUAUCCAACCACAACUACCACCACAUCUCCAACUACUACUACAGAGCCAACUACCAUCACAUCCCCAACUACAACUACCACCACAUCCCCAACUACAACUACAACUACCACUACGACUCCAACUACUUCUACCACUACAUUUACAACUACUACUACAGAGCCAACUACCACCACAUCUCCAACUACCACCACAUAUCCAACCACAACUGCCACCACAUCCUCAACUACUACCACGACUCCAACUACCACCACAUCUCCAACUACAACUACCACUGCGACUCCAACUACCACCACAUAUCCAACUACUACUACUGAGCCAACUACUACCACGACUCCAACUACCACCACAUCUCCAACUACUGCAACGACCCCAACUACCACUACCACCACAUCCCCAACUACAACUACAACUACCACUACGACUCCAACUACUUCUACCACUACAUUUACAACUACUACUACAGAGCCAACUACCACCACAUCUCCAACUACCACCACAUAUCCAACCACAACUGCCACCACAUCCUCAACUACUACCACUGCGACUCCAACUACCACCACAUAUCCAACUACUACUACUGAGCCAACUACUACCACGACUCCAACUACCACCACAUCUCCAACUACUGCAACGACCCCAACUACCACUAGCACCACAUCUCCAACUACAACUACUACCGUGACCCCAACUACAAGUACCACCACAACUCCAACUACCACCACCACCACCACUCCAACUACCACAAGUACAACCACAAUGUCGCCAUCUACUUGCAUUCCAGAAUUCAAAUGUGAGUGGUCAGACUGGUAUGAUGUGCAUGAUCCUACAGAUAAAAGUGACUGGGAAACAUACAAAAACAUCACAGAUACUGGUCUUCAAAUAUGUAACAAUAUUGAAGGUAUUGACUGUAGAGCAGUAAAUUAUCCUGACAAAACAUUUAAUGACUUUGUGGCUGAAACUGGCCAAGUUGUUACUUGUCAAAAGGACAUUGGUUUAAUAUGUAAAGUAGAGGACCAGAUCAGACCCAAAAAGUGUUUUGACUACAAGAUCAAAUUAAAAUGUUGUGAUGUGAUAUGUUCAACCACAACCACGUCUCCUACUACAACUACCACUACAUCUCCAACUACCACUACGACUCCAACUCCAUCUACCACCACAUCUCCAAAUACUACUACAGAGCCAACUACCACCACAUCUCCAACCACAACUACCACCACAUCUCCAACUACUACUACAGAGCCAACUACCACCACAUCUCCAACUACUACAACUACCACCACAUCUCCAACUACUACGACAGGGCCAACUACCACCACAUCCCCAACUACAACUACCACUACGACUCCAACUACUUCUACCACCCCAUCUACAACUACAACUACCACCACAUCUCCAUCUACUACUCCAGAGCCAACUACCACCACAUCUCCAACUACCACCACAUAUCCAACCACAACUACCAUCACAUCUCCAACUACAACUACGGAGCCAACUACCACCACAUCCCCAACUACAACUACAACUACCAUUACGACUCCAACUACUUCUACCACCAUAUCUCCAACUACUACUACAGAGCCAACUACCACCACAUAUCCAACCACAACUGCCACCACAUCCCCAACUACUACCACGACUCCAACUACCACCACAUCUCCAACUACAACUACCACUACGACUCCAACUACCACCACAACUCCAACUACUACUACUGAGCCAACUACUACCACGACUCCAACUACCACCACAUCAGCCAACUACGACCACAUCCUCAACUACAACUACCACUACGACUCCAACUACCACCACAUAUCCAACCACAACUACCACGACAUCUCCAACUACUACAACAGAGCCAACUACUACUAUAGAACCACAUCUCCAACUACUACUACAGAGCCAACUACCACCACAUCUCCAACCACAACUACUACUACAGGGCCAACUACCACCACAUCCCCAACCACAACUACCACUACGACUCCAACCACUUCUACCACUACAUUUACAACGACCACCACAUCCCCAACUACCACUAUGACUCCAACUACCACCACAUAUCCAACCACAACUACCACCACAUCUCCAACUACUACUACAGAGCCAACUACGACCACAUCUCCAACCACAACUACCACCACAUCUCCAACUACUAUUACAGGGCCAACUACCACCAAAUCCCCAACUACAACUACCACUACGACUCCAACUACUUCUACCACUACAUUUACAACUACUACUACAGAGCCAACUACCACCACAUCUCCAACUACCACCACAUAUCAAACUACUACUACUGAGCCAACUACUACCACGACUCCAACUACCACCACAUCUCCAACUACAACUACAACUACCACUACGACUCCAACUACCACCACAUAUCCAACUACUACUACUGAGCCAACUACCACCACAUAUCCAACCACAACUACCACCACAUCUCCAACUACUACUACAGAGCCAACUACCAUCACAUCCCCAACUACAACUACCACCACAUCCCCAACUACAACUACAACUACCACUACGACUCCAACUACUUCUACCACUACAUUUACAACUACUACUACAGAGCCAACUACCACCACAUCUCCAACUACCACCACAUAUCCAACCACAACUGCCACCACAUCCUCAACUACUACCACGACUCCAACUACCACCACAUCUCCAACUACAACUACCACUGCGACUCCAACUACCACCACAUAUCCAACUACUACUACUGAGCCAACUACUACCACGACUCCAACUACCACCACAUCUCCAACUACUGCAACGACCCCAACUACCACUACCACCACAUCCCCAACUACAACUACAACUACCACUACGACUCCAACUACUUCUACCACUACAUUUACAACUACUACUACAGAGCCAACUACCACCACAUCUCCAACUACCACCACAUAUCCAACCACAACUGCCACCACAUCCUCAACUACUACCACUGCGACUCCAACUACCACCACAUAUCCAACUACUACUACUGAGCCAACUACUACCACGACUCCAACUACCACCACAUCUCCAACUACUGCAACGACCCCAACUACCACUAGCACCACAUCUCCAACUACAACUACUACCGUGACCCCAACUACAAGUACCACCACAACUCCAACUACCACCACCACCACCACUCCAACUACCACAAGUACAACCACAAUGUCGCCAUCUACUUGCAUUCCAGAAUUCAAAUGUGAGUGGUCAGACUGGUAUGAUGUGCAUGAUCCUACAGAUAAAAGUGACUGGGAAACAUACAAAAACAUCACAGAUACUGGUCUUCAAAUAUGUAACAAUAUUGAAGGUAUUGACUGUAGAGCAGUAAAUUAUCCUGACAAAACAUUUAAUGACUUUGUGGCUGAAACUGGCCAAGUUGUUACUUGUCAAAAGGACAUUGGUUUAAUAUGUAAAGUAGAGGACCAGAUCAGACCACCAAAAAAGUGUUUUGACUACAAGAUCAAAUUAAAAUGUUGUGAUGUGAUAUGUUCAACCACAACCACGUCUCCUACUACAACUACCACUACAUCUCCAACUACCACUACGACUCCAACUCCAUCUACCACCACAUCUCCAAAUACUACUACAGAGCCAACUACCACCACAUCUCCAACCACAACUACCACCACAUCUCCAACUACUACUACAGAGCCAACUACCACCACAUCUCCAACUACUACAACUACCACCACAUCUCCAACUACUACGACAGGGCCAACUACCACCACAUCCCCAACUACAACUACCACUACGACUCCAACUACUUCUACCACCCCAUCUACAACUACAACUACCACCACAUCUCCAUCUACUACUCCAGAGCCAACUACCACCACAUCUCCAACUACCACCACAUAUCCAACCACAACUACCAUCACAUCUCCAACUACAACUACGGAGCCAACUACCACCACAUCCCCAACUACAACUACAACUACCAUUACGACUCCAACUACUUCUACCACCAUAUCUCCAACUACUACUACAGAGCCAACUACCACCACAUAUCCAACCACAACUGCCACCACAUCCCCAACUACUACCACGACUCCAACUACCACCACAUCUCCAACUACAACUACCACUACGACUCCAACUACCACCACAACUCCAACUACUACUACUGAGCCAACUACUACCACGACUCCAACUACCACCACAUCUCCAACUACAACUACCACUAUGACUCCAACUACCACCACAUAUCCUACCACAACUACCACCACAUCUCCAACAACUUCUACAGAGCCAACUACCACCACAUCCCCAACUACAACUACCACUACGACUCCAACUACCACCAUAUAUCCAACCACAACUACCACCACAUCUCCAACUACUACUACAGAGCCAACUACCACCACAUCCCCAACUACAACUACCACUACGACUCCAACUCCAACUACAACUACCACCACGUCUCCAACCACAACUAACACCACAUCUCCAACUACUACUACAGAGCCAACUACCACCACAUCCCCAACUACAACUACCACUACGACUCCAACUACCACCACAUAUCCAACCACAACUACCACGACAUCUCCAACUACUAAUACAGAGUCAACUACUACUAUAGAGCCAACUACCACCACAUCCCCAACUACAACUACCUCUACAACUCCAACUACUUCUACCACCACAUCUCCAACUACUACUACAGAGCCAACUACCACCACAUCUCCAACCACAACUACCACAACAUCUCCAACUACAACUACCACCACAUCCCCAACUACAACUACCACCACGUCUCCAACCACAACUACCACCACAUCUCCAACUACUACUACAGAGCCAACUACCACCACAUCCCCAACUACAACUACCACUACGACUCCAACUACCACCACAUAUCCAACCACAACUACCACGACAUCUCCAACUUCUACUACAGAGCCAACUACUACUAUAGAGCCAACUACCACCACAUCCCCAACUACAACUACCUCUACGACUCCAACUACUUCUACCACCACAUCUCCAACUACUACUAUAGAGCCAACUACCACCACAUCUCCAACCACAACUACUGCAACAUCUCCAACUACAACUACCACCACAUCCCCAACUACAACUACCACCACAUCUCCAACCACAACUACCACCAAAUCUCCAACUACUACUACAGAGCCAACUACCACCACAUCCCCAACUACUACCACGACUCCAACUACCAGCACAUCCCCAACUACAACUACAACUUCCACUAUGACUCCAACUACCACCACAUAUCCAACCACAUCUACCACCACUUCUCCAACUACUACUACAGAACCAACUACCACCACAUCUCCAACUACCACCACAUAUUCAACCACAACUACCACCACAUCUCCAACUGCUACUACAGGGCCAACUACCACCACAUCCCCAACUACAACUACCACUACGACUAAAACUACCACCACAUAUCUAACCACAACUACCACCACAUCUCCAACUACUACAACAGGGCCAACUACCACCACAUCCCCAACUACAACUACCACUACGACUCCAACCACAACUACCACCACAUCUCCAACUACUACUACAAAGCGAACUACCACCACAUCCCCAACUACAACUACGACUCCAACUACCACCACAUAUCCAACCACAUCUACCACCACAUCUCCAACUACUACUACAGAACCAACUACCACCACAUCUCCAACUACCACCACAUUUUCAACCACAACUACCACCACAUCUCCAACUACUACUACAGGGCCAACUACCACCACAUCCCCAACUACAACUACCACCACAUCUCCAACUACUACAACAGGGCCAACUACCACCACAUCCCCAACUACAACUAUCACUACGACUCCAACCACAACUACCACCACAUCUCCAACUACUACUACAAAGCCAACUACCACCACAUCCCCAACUACUACCACGACUUCAACUACCAGCACAUCCCCAACUACAACUACAACUACCACCACGACUCCAACUACCACCACAUAUCCAACCACAUCUACCACCACUUCUCCAACUACUACUACAGAGCCAACUACCACCACAUCUCCAACUACCACCACAUAUGCAACCACAUCCCCAACUACAACUACCACCACAUCUCCAACCACAACUACCACCACAUCUCCAACUACUACUACAGAGCCAACUACCACCACAUCCCCAACUACUACCACGACUCCAACUACCAGCACAUCCCCAACUACAACUACAACUACCACCACGACUCCAACUACCAACACAUCCCCAACUACAACUACAACUACCACCACGACUCCACCUACCACCACAUAUCCAACCACAUCUACCACCACAUCUCCAACUACUACUACAGAGCCACCUACCACCACAUCUCCAACUACCACCACAUAUCCAACCACAACUACCACCACAUCUCCAACUACUACUACAGGGCCAACUGCUACCACAUCCCCAACUACAACUACCAGUACGACUCCAACUACCACCACAUAUCCAACCACAUCUACCACCACAUCUCCAUCUACUACUACUGAGCCAACUACCACCACAUCCCCAACUCCAACUACCACCACAUCUCCAACUACUACUACAGAGCCAACUACCACCACAUCCUCAACUACUGCCACGACUCCAACUACCACCACAUAUCCAACCACAACUACCACCACAUCUCCAACUACAAUAACCGUGCCAACUGCAACCCCAACCCUGACUUCUUUGACAGUAGCAACACCAACAACAACAAAGAAAGUGGACUGCCCAGACUGGGGUGUUUCACAAAAUGAGACCUUCUAUUUUUGCAACUGCACCAUGGCCAGAUGCAUAGAGAACAACACAAUAGAAAUUAUUCCAUAUGAAUGUCCCCCUCUGCAAAACAUAACUUGCACCAAUGGAAAGGAACCAGUCCUUGUGUAUGAUGAGUACUACUGCUGUCAAUAUUAUACUUGUGACUGUGUAUGUGAAGGGUGGGGAGAUCCACAUUACAUCACAUUUGAUGGACUUUUCUACAGUUAUCAAGGAAACUGCACUUAUGUUUUGAUGAAAGAGAUUUUACCAAUACAUAACUUGGAGAUUUAUAUUGACAAUAUCUUUUGUGAUCCAACUGAAGACGUUUCUUGUCCACGAUCAAUAACAGUGGCAUAUGUAUCACAAGUCAUUACACUCAUUAAUCAUAAUCUUAUUGGAGCUGCACAAUUGGAGGCACUGAAAAAUGGAGAAAGUUUAAACCUACCUUAUUCUCAACAAGGUGUUAAGAUUGUGAAUUCAGGUCUGAACCUGAUUUUAGAGAUUCCUCGACUAAAAGUAGUUAUUACAUUUGGAAUAACUGGCUUCAGCGUAACCCUUCCAUUCCAGUACUUUGGCAAAAACACACAGGGCCAUUGUGGAACAUGCAACAAUAACCAGGCUGAUGACUGCAUGUUGCCUGGAGGUAAGCUGGUGGAAAGCUGUGCAGUGAUGGCUGACUUUUGGCCUGUUGAAGACCCUUACAAACCUAACUGCUCAACACCACCAGCAUUACCUACCAGUGCACCUGAACCACCACCUACCUUAGCUCCAUGCAAACCAGACUCCAUGUGUGACCUGCUUAAAAGCAGUCUCUUUGCAGAGUGCCAUCCGUUUGUCUCUCCAGAAAAUUUCUACAGAGGUUGUGUAUUUGAUAGCUGUCAUGUUUCCAACCCAACAGUGGAGUGCACAAGUUUACAGACUUAUGCUGCAGCCUGUGCUCAGGCUGGAGUUUGCAUUUACUGGAGGAACCACACCAAACUGUGUGCUGGUGAAUGCCCAUCAGGCAAAGUUUACAAGCCUUGUGGUCCUGUAGAACAGCCAACCUGUGAAGACAAUCCCAGUGAACCAACUAUGAACUACACUACUGAGGGCUGCUUUUGUCCUGAUGGAAUGAAACUUUUUAACCAGGAGUCUAGAAUAUGUGUUGAAAAAUGUGGAUGUCUUGAUCCUGAGGGCAUUCCUCGUGAGUUCAAUGAAAGAUUUGAGUACAAAUGCCAGGACUGCAUCUGUGAAGAAUCCACCAAGACUGUGACUUGCAAGCCUAAGGUGUGCCCACCACCAGCCACUACAGACUGCUCUACUCCUGGGUUUGUCCUUGUCAACCAGACCAAUCCAUCCGACCCCUGCUGUUCUAUCUAUGUUUGCCAAUGUCAAGCUAACACCUGCCCAGUCACCAAUAUGAACUGUCCAAUUGGAUAUAAGCCAGUUGUCAGUGUCCCUGUGGGAAAAUGCUGUCCAGAACAUACAUGUGAACCUAAAAGAGUUUGUGUUCACAGAGAAACUGAAUACCAGCCUGGAUCUUCAGUUCCUGUGAUUGCAUGUCAGGAUUGUACCUGUUCCAAUGAGAUGGACCCAAAAUCUGGUCUAUUAAAAAUAAUUUGUGUGUUUCAACAAUGUAAAGAAAGCUGCGAACUGGGAUAUGGAUAUGUGGAAACUGAUUCAGAUGAAUGCUGCGGGAAGUGUGUACAGACACACUGUGUUGUCAACAUUAAUGGAACCAAACAACUUUUGACUCAAGGAGAAACCUGGUCACCACCGGGGAAUAAGUGUGAACAUUACACCUGUGUCAAGAAUGGUGAGACUUUAACAGCAAGUCAUUCACAGACUGUCUGCCCACCAUUCCAAGAGAGCAACUGCCAACCUGAAACAAUUCAAACUGCAGCAAAUGGUUGUUGCAAAAUUUGUGUGGAGAAGGAGAAGGGAUGCAAGUUAAUGUCCAUGAAAACCCAUAUUACAUUCAACGGUUGUCAGUCUGCCCAGGAGGUAGAGAUGCCAUAUUGUGAAGGAUCCUGCAACACUUACACCAUGUACUCUGAAGCAGCAGCAGCUAUGGAACAUUCCUGCUCAUGCUGUAAGGAGAUAAACUUCAGCAAUCGCACUGCUGACCUGAUCUGCCUGAAUGGAGACACGGUCCCCUACACAUACAUGUAUGUGGAGCAGUGUGGGUGUACCAAGACGGACUGCACCAGAGCUGGACAUCAUGUUCGCAGGAAGAGAAGCUUCACACUGCUGUGAUGAAACAGUCCAUCUCUUCACAGAUGUGGCAUACAAUUGUUUCUUCCCAUAUUUUCUUAAAAAUCAUUAUAUAUCUUACAAAGUAAUUCCUAUUGUAGUUUGAGUAUUGAUCUGCUGAUCAAAAUAAAAAAAAUUGCACCUCA